AAAAAUAGUGAAGUUGGUUAAUCAUUCGUGGACUUUUUUGUUAUAUUAUUUACCUUCCUUUUCAUAGAUUUGUGAAUUUUCAAAUCGACAAGAAAUAAAAGGGAACUUUCAAUAAAUGAUGAAACUUUUGUUUAUGUGAAGAAGUGUUAAUUACUUUUUAGUUUACCUUAUAAGCUAGUAUGAUUUUCCGGUGCGGUUUACUAAUAUGUUUUCUAACUUUUGCCACAACCUCCGAAGAUUUUUAUAGAGAUGGUUGGUAUGGGCGAGGCGGUUCAGAGUUAGAUAGUAUAUAUUCAUUGUGGCCAUCAGUGCAUAAUGCGGCGAGAUUAAUAAAACUUCGAAAAAGAGAAACGCAGGAGCAAAUAGGUGCAAACGAAGGUGGAGGAAACGAUAUUAAGAUUCCAAAUCCAGAGACUAAACAAACACAGUCAUUGGACACUGAAAACAAACAAAUCAGUGUUAGUCAUGAUAUCCCAAAUAACACUGCAAAUCAAGAUUCUCCGAAAGUUAAUACUACACUGAAUGAAUUACAAAAAAAUGAUACAAAAGCAUCACCAGUCUUACCAAAGGCAGUAAAUACCACUGAAGUAAAACAUAAUGAAACAGCACCAAGUCAACUGGAUAUUAACAGUCCGGGAGUUUUAAAGAGGGGCCUAAUUGUUUUCGGUGGAUUUGCAUUUUUAGCUGGUGCAUACUUCAUAUGGCACAGAAGGAGCGGCAAGAAAAAUGAUGUCAACAACUCGCAUGGCACCAAUGAAACAAAUCAAUUUAGAUAUGGUGUUCUCCAAUCUGAUGACAGAAGAGAUAAUAUGGAACUUUCCAGAAUACCAUUAACAAUGGAGUCAGAUGAUGAUGAUGAUGAAGAUUUGGAGAUUUUCGACUUGAAGCAGAAACAGAAAUCAUUGUCUUAUGUAAAUCUGCAAACUCAAGAAGAUGACAUAGUCGCAAACACUAUUGACUUUGAUAAAGAUAAUAAUCUCUUGUUAGACAUAGAAGAUAACACAUCUGACACUCUUAUAAACUGGUCGAAUAAUGCCAAUAAAUCUGUUAUAUAGUUUUAUAAUGUUUACUUAAAUAUGAAGAGUUCUGAAAACUUCAAAACGGUCACCUCGUCAUAACGAAAAAAUACAAAAACGCAAAUUAUAAUAGAACAAUUAUUAACAAAGUUA